CAAAGACAGAGAGACAAGAGUGGUGUGUUUGGUUUGUCGAAAUCUGGGAAUCUUUGUGAUACUGAUUGAUCUAAUAGAGUGAUCAGUAAAUCUUGGAAGCUCUAGUCUGGCGAUUACUGAUCUUCUUUCUUUCUAAUUUCUUCUGAUGUUAAUCUGAAGAGUGAAGAAACAAGAGCGUCUCUGAGAGCGAGAGAGAGGAGAAGAUGAAGAGUGGUGGUGGUGAUGAUGUCGGAGCUUCGUCAGGGCCUUUGGAUUGGAGAUUCUCUCAGGUCUUUGGUGAAAGAAGCGCUGGUGAAGAAGUUCAAGAAGUUGAUAUAAUCUCAGCGAUUGAGUUUGAUAAAUCCGGCGAUUAUCUUGCUACUGGGGACCGUGGUGGGCGUGUUGUUCUGUUUGAGAGGACAGAUUUCAAAAAUGCUAGUGGAGCUAGAAAGGAUCUAGAAGGAACAGAUUAUCCAGUGAGACACCCGGAGUUUCGUUAUAAAACUGAGUUUCAAAGUCAUGAACCUGAGUUUGAUUACCUCAAGAGUUUGGAGAUAGAGGAAAAAAUCAACAAAAUUAGAUGGUCUCAAACAGCCAAUGGUGCUCUUUUUCUCCUUUCAACAAAUGAUAAAACCAUCAAGUUUUGGAAGGUGCAAGAGAAGAAGAUCAAGAAAAUUUGUGACAUAAAUACAGAUUCUUCCAGACCUCUAGGAAAUGGAAGUGUCUCAAGCUCAAGUGAUUCAAAUGUUACAGAUUCAUGUCUCACUAACGGAGGAUCACCUGAAAAAUUAAACAACUAUUUAAGUAAUGAUUACUCAUUUCCUCCAGGAGGCAUCCCAUCGCUGCAGUUACCUGUGGUAAAAACUAGCCUUGAGACUAGCCCUGUGGCUAGAUGUCGAAGAGUGUACACUCAUGCUCAUGAUUAUCAUAUCAAUUCAAUCUCAAACAAUAGUGACGGUGAGACAUUUAUAUCUGCUGACGAUUUGCGAAUUAAUCUCUGGAACUUGGAGAUAAGCAAUCAAAGUUUUAACAUUGUUGACGUCAAGCCUGCUAAUAUGGAAGAUCUAACUGAGGUUAUCACAUCAGCCGAGUUUCAUCCUACACAUUGCAAUACCUUAGCGUACAGCAGUUCGAAAGGUUCAAUUCGCCUGAUUGAUCUGAGACAAUCAGCUUUAUGUGACUCACAUUCCAAAUUGUUUGAAGACACAGCGAUAACAACUUCUAGAUCAUUUUUCACUGAGAUAAUUGCUUCAGUUUCAGACAUAAAAUUUGCUAAAGGAGGAAGAUAUAUACUUAGCCGUGACUAUAUGACGCUUAAGUUAUGGGACAUCAACAUGGACUCUGGUCCAGUAUCAACGUACCAUGUUCACGAACAUUUAAGACCAAAGCUCUGUGAUUUAUAUGAAAAUGAUUCCAUCUUCGAUAAGUUUGAGUGUUGUCUAAGUGGGGAUUGGUUGCGUGUGGCUACAGGUUCUUACAGCAAUCUCUUCCGUGUGUUUGGUGUUUCCCCGGGAAUUACAGAAACUACAACCUUGGAAGCUAGCAGAAACCCAAUGAGGAGACAAGUUACAACUCCUGCGAGGCCAUCAAGACCAUCGUUAAGCAGUAUAACACGCGUGGUUAGAAGAGGUGCAGAGAGUCCAGGAGGCGAUGGGAAUGGUAAUUCUUUUGACCAUACAUCCAAGUUGCUGCAUCUCGCAUGGCAUCCAACAGAAAACUCGAUCGCUUGCGCUGCUGCCAACAGCUUGUACAUGUACUAUGCUUGAAGAAAAAAGUAAACAUACUCAAAAGGAGAAAGAAGCUUGGUUGCUACUUGCGAAACUGAAGUAUCAUAGAUGCUUUAUGUAACAUCAGCAGCAGCAGCAACUUCAUAUCCUUUAUAUGCUCUCUUUGUUUUGUUUGUAUCAUCCUUUGACCUUUUUUUUUUUGAAUUUGAGGAAAUGGCUGGACAUAGCAAUUGGUAAUGAUUUUCUUUUCUUUCAUUACACAAGAGCUAAAACAAGUCCACCGUUUUCUGUUAGAAGCUUUAACUGGUUUUCUGUCUGGAUAACUUAAAAAAAUGGUUGGACAGGAACCAGGAAAGGGGAAUCCGAUUAGAAGAAAAAUCGUGAUUUGUAGUUUUUCUCUCAUAUUACUUGUUGUGAGAGUUGUUUAUUUUGGAUAUAUUCGUGGAACUAUUUUAAGAGUAAAUUUGAUACUAUGUUUUAUUAAGUUCUGUCUGUUGUUUUUUGUUUAAAUCUUUCUUCUUGUUUGUCGUUUCUG